AUGACAUCAUCGAUUGAAGAACCCUUUAAGGCAUCUCCUCAGCGCACUCUAGAUGAGAAUGCGAAGGACGCCGCUGUAGUCAAAGCAAGCGAACAAGAUACCGCUUCUUUUGCGUCCGAGUCUUCUACACUCUUCGACGAAGGAGAUUUUUCAAGAACCUACUUGGCUAAGUCCAAGAUCAUUACCGAUGAAAUCAAUAAUAUAGGUUGGGGAAAAUAUCAUACCGGUCUUUUCAUUGUAUGUGGGUUUGGUUGGUAUGCAGAUAAUGCUUUCCCCAUUGCUUGUUCACUUAUUAUGAUUGCUUUGAAUGAAGUCGAUGGGGUACAUCUUCCAAGCUCAACUGAGGGUCCAUUUCUUACAUUAGCUCAAAACUUGGGUCUUUUCGUAGGUGCUUUCUUCUGGUCCUUAUCCUCUGAUAUUAUUGGAAGAAGAUGGGCCUUCGUUAUUACUUUCUUGUUUAUUGGGGUAUUUGCGGUGAUUGCUGGUGCAUCUCCAAAUUUUGGAGCAUUAGGAACCUUUUUUGCUUUGCUUUCCACCGGAGUUGGAGGUUCAUUACCAGUUGAUUCUGCUAUUUAUUUGGAGUUUUUGCCAUCAAAAUACCAAUACACGUUGACUUUACUCUCAACUUAUUGGGCAUUCGCACAAUUGAUUACUAAUUUGCUUUCAUGGGGUUUAAUUUCAACUUACUCUUGUUCUGCUGAGGCAACCGUGUGUUACAAAAAGGACAAUUGGGGUUGGAGAUACUUUAUGUUUACUCUAGGCGGUUUGACCUUGGUUAUGUUUUUAACCAGAUAUCUUUUCCAUUUAUUUGAGUCCCCAAGAUAUUUCUUGGCCAAGGGAGAUGAAGUUAGAGCUGUUGAGGUUAUCCAUAAAGUUGCAAAGAUCAACGGUAAGGAAUCACUUUUAACUGUUGAAGAUCUCCGUGCCGUGGAUGACUUAAAAUUAGAUGGCGACAAUGUAGAUGAACCUGUUACUGGUUCAGGAAAUGAGUUACUCCAGGCUAGGUUGAAAAAAUUCAAUUUGAGCCAUGUAAGACAAUGUUUUGGUUCCAGAAAAUUAGCAAUUUCUUCAGGGCUUGUUAUCUUUACGUGGGGACUUAUUGGAUUAGCCUUCCCUUUGUAUAACGCUUUUAUUCCAACUUAUUUGUUGAAGCAUGGUUUCGUGGGGGAUACACUCACAGUUCAAGAAACCUACAGAAAUUCUUUGAUUGUUUCUGUCUUGGGAAUCCCGGGCUCGAUCAUAGGUGGUUUCUUAGUCGAAACUAAAGCCGGUAGGAAAGGUAUCCUCAGUGCUUCCUUACUUAUUACUGGUAUUUUCUUGUUUGCUUCGACCACUGCCAAAUCUACUAACGCAAAUUUGGGUUGGACUUGUGGCUUUAGUUUCAUUACUGCUGUUAUGUACGGUGUUCUCUAUGCAUAUACUCCAGAAGUGUUCCCAGCAAAGAUUAGAGGUACAGCAGUUGGUUUAGCUGCAUCAGCUAAUAGGAUAUUCGGUAUCUUUGCUCCAAUCAUUGCAAUGUACGCCAACUUGGAAACCUCUGCUCCUAUAUACGUUAGUGGAACCUUAUUCUUGCUUGCUGGAAUAUUGGUAAUCUUCUUCCCCUACGAGCCAAGAGGAAAAUCCAGUUACUAA